AAGCUCAAAGUCGAAGUAUCUCGAGAUUCUCGUCCUGCAGGUUGACAGUCCCGGAACUUGUCGUGCAGGUGAAGAGCAGGGGUGGAGUCCCAUUAAAAGCUGAAAAACUGGAGCUUCUGCAGUGUUCACAUUCUGGACCCUGAUCCUGUUUUCCUGUGUGGCAGACAGAAUUAAUGUUUUUCUGCUCUGGCAACAUGAAGCCAACACGUUCUCAGUCCUCCCUGCUCUGUCUUCUUCUGCUGCUGCUCCUGGAGGCGAGCCAGGCGUCUCCUCAGGAGAGCAGGAGGCCGAACUUUGUCCUGAUGAUGGUGGACGACCUCGGGAUUGGAGACCUCGGCUGCUACGGCAAUAAAACCCUGAGGACCCCCAAUAUUGACCAGCUGGCGGAGGGAGGGGUGAAGCUGACUCAUCACAUCGCUGCAGCCAGCCUCUGCAGCCCCAGCAGGGCCGCAUUCCUCACCGGACGAUACCCGAUACGAUCAGGAAUUUAUGGAAGCGGGAGAAACUUAGUCUUCAUCCUGAACGCAGCACCUGGAGGUCUGCCCGGCACGGAGGUCACCUUUGCAAAGAUUGCACAGCAGCAGGGCUACGAGACGGCUCUCAUAGGAAAAUGGCACCUCGGUCUGAACUGCCACAGCAGCGACGAUCACUGCCACCAUCCCAACGCUCACGGCUUCAACUACUUCUUCGGCAUCCCUCUCACCAACCUGCGGGACUGCCAGGCGGGUCACAGCACCGUGUUCCAGAUCCAGAAGUAUCUCCCCUUCAGGACGCUGGGUGUUGUCCUCCUCACUGCAGCUUUACUCCAUCUCUGCGGCCUCGUCUCCAUCCGCAGACGCCUCAUCCUGGGUCUGCUGUCUCUGCUGGUCGCGGCUGCGGGACUGUUUGUAGGAUUCGUCACGUUGUUCCCGUACUUCAACUGUAUUCUGAUGAGAGACCACAGAGUCGUGGAGCAGCCGUACGUAUCUGAGAACCUGACGCAGAGGAUGACGAAGGAGGCGGUGGACUUCAUGGAGAGGAACUCAGAGAAGCCCUUCCUGCUGUUCUUCUCCUUCAUCCAGGUGCACACGGCCAUGUUCGCCUCUGCACGGUUCCGAGGAAGCAGCCAACACGGCAUCUAUGGAGAUGCGGUGCAUGAGGUGGACUGGAGCGUAGGUGAGAUCAUGCAGACUCUGGACAGACUCGGUCUGAGGGAGCACACUCUGCUGUACCUGACCUCAGAUCAGGGCGCUCACCUGGAGGAGAUCUCAGCAGGAGGGGAGGUGCACCGAGGCUGGAACGGGAUUUACAAAGCGGGGAAGUCCACAAACUGGGAGGGAGGGAUCCGGGUCCCGGGGAUCCUGCGAUGGCCGGGGAUGCUCCCAGCUGGCAGAGAGGUGGACGAGCCCACCAGCAACAUGGACCUGUUCCCGACGGUGGUGCGGCUGAGCGGAGCAUCGGCUCCGGAAGACAGAGACAUUGACGGUCAUGACCUCAUGGAUCUACUUCAGGGGAGAGCUGAGAGGUCAAAGCAUGAGUUUCUGUUCCAUUACUGCAGCAGCAGCCUGAACGCUGUCAGAUGGCAUCCACCGAACAGUACCUCGGUGUGGAAAGCGUUUUACUUCACGCCAAACUUCUACCCAGAGAACGAAACCUCCUGCUCCCACACUCACAUCUGCUUCUGCGGACCGGGCUACGUGACCUACCACGAUCCUCCUCUGCUCUUCGACCUCUCCAGAGACCCCUCAGAGACCACGCCACUGACUCCAGACACCGAGCCCGCCUUCAGCUCCGUACUGGCCGUGAUGAACGAGGCCGCGGAGGCGCAUCAGAGGUCAGUGACGCCCGGGGAGAGUCAGCUGACCGUGGGGGGCGUGGUGUGGAGGCCGUGGAUGCAGCCCUGCUGCUCCACCUUCUCUCAGCUCUGUCAGUGUCAGCAAGACGAGCAGGACGAGAAGACUCGGUGGUAAAACCUCCUCAUGUGACUGUGAAUAAUGACCGUAGUUAAGUGUUCCAGGUUUCCAGACUCACGGCUGAAUUUUCCAACAAGACGACAAGUCGUAAACAGGAGCGGUGAAUCUCUGGCCCCUGAGUGGAAGCAGUAACUGAAGGGAAGCCUUAACAAAGCCUCGUUAGCAGAAGCAGCAGGUGGGAUUACAUUAGAGCAGCAGGGAGCGCUGCAGGAGACAUCUGUGUGUGUUUGUGGUUCACAUCAGGAGUCUGUUUCAGGUGUUUAUGUGUAAAUUAUGUUUUGAUGUCAUGUGAUCACUGUGGUGUACUCAGGUGGGUGCUAUCAUGCCCUCUUGGAUUCCACUGUAGUGGGUGAAACAUUGAAAUGGCCUUCUUGGGCGACCUUUCAGAGGUAAAUGCAUGAAAAGUGUCCUCUAGAUGCCCCACACAAAAAAGUCCCCUCUGAAGGCCCCUUUCUGGUUUUCACCCAUGCCCCUCAAACAGCCUGAGUACGCCACUGUGUGAUUAGAAUACCUGAGAUUAAAAACACUCCUCACCUUC